GGGCUGGGCGGCGUGGCGGGGCGGGCUGGGCGCCCUGGCUAAGGUGUGAGCGGGUCCGCCACGGGCUCCGGCGCGGAGUGGAGUGGAACGGAGCGGAGCAGUCCGGCCCAGCCCAGCGCAGCCCAGCGCAGCGCGGCGCGGGCAGACGCGAGCCGGCGGGUGGCGGUGGCGGUGGCAGUGGCUCCCAGCCCGGCUGGUGCUGGGCCUCCGACCGAGCCGCGGCCGAGCGGGGCCUCGGCCCGGGCUCUGGGGAAGCCCGCGGCGGCGGGCUGCAGGAGGAAGCGGCGGCGGCGCGUCCCGAGCCGUGCGCGCCAUGUCGGCCGGGCCCCCCAAGGCCCUGCCGUCCACUGGGCCCCACUCCCUGCGCGACAUGCCGCACCCGCUGGCCGGCUCCAGCAGCGAGGAGGCCGUGGGCGGCGACAGCACGCCCAGCCCGGACCUGCUGACGGCCCGCAGCUUCGGCGACAAGGAUCUCAUUUUGCCCAACGGCGGUACUCCAGCAGGCCCUGCAAGUCCAGCUUCUUCAUCUUCCCUUCUCAACAGACUACAACUUGAUGAUGACAUCGAUGGUGAGACCAGAGACCUCUUUGUCACGGUUGAUGAUCCCAAGAAGCAUGUCUGUACGAUGGAGACCUACAUCACUUACAGGAUCACCACCAAAAGUACUCGGGUGGAGUUUGACCUGCCAGAAUAUUCUGUUCGUCGAAGAUACCAGGAUUUUGACUGGUUGAGGAACAAACUGGAAGAAUCCCAGCCCACUCAUCUCAUUCCCCCACUUCCUGAGAAGUUUGUGGUGAAAGGUGUUGUGGAUCGUUUUUCAGAAGAGUUUGUGGAGACCAGAAGAAAAGCUUUGGAUAAAUUCCUGAAAAGAAUUACGGAUCAUCCUGUGCUUUCUUUCAAUGAACACUUUAAUGUUUUCCUUACUGCUAAGGACCUGAAUGCCCAUAAGAAGCAAGGGAUGGCGUUGCUGACUCGAGUGGGUGAGUCGGUCAAGCAUGUCACUGGCGGCUACAAGCUGAGGAGUCGGCCUCUCGAGUUUGCAGCCAUAGGCGAGUACUUAGACACAUUUGCGCUCAAGCUGGGAACCAUUGAUCGAAUAGCCCAGCGGAUCAUCAAGGAAGAAAUAGAGUACCUUGUAGAGCUGAGAGAAUAUGGGCCUGUGUACUCCACGUGGAGUGCGUUAGAGGGGGAGCUGGCCGAGCCCCUGGAGGGUGUGUCAGCCUGCAUUGGCAACUGCUCUACAGCCUUGGAAGAGCUGACAGAGGACAUGACAGAAGACUUUCUACCUGUGCUCAGGGAAUAUAUUUUAUACUCUGACUCCAUGAAGAGCGUGCUGAAGAAAAGGGACCAAGUACAAGCCGAGUACGAAGCCAAACUGGAAGCUGUGGCUCUGAGGAAGGAAGAGCGGCCCAAGGUACCAGCAGAGGUGGAGAGAUGUCAGGAUCGGAUGGAGUGUUUCAAUGCUGAUCUGAAAGCCGACAUGGAGAGGUGGCAGAACAGCAAGAGGCAGGACUUCCGGCAGCUGCUCAUGGGAAUGGCCGACAAGAACAUCCAGUAUUACGAGAAGUGCCUCAUGGCUUGGGAGUCGAUUAUCCCACUACUGCAGGAGAAGCAAGAGGCCAAGUAAGCUCCUUCUUGGGACAGAGACUCUCCUACCUAUGCCGGGCAUGGCACCCACACCGGAAUGUCCCUGCAGUGCUAGAGAGGUAGCACCAAGAACAGAACCGCAGAAACAUCUCUCUUUUGUGUAUUUCUUUCCCUUCCCCCCACCUUUGUCCGACAGUUGUUUUCAAUGAGUAUUUAUUCCUUGGUGGCGUCUGUAAGGCUGUCAUCAUCUCUCAACAGAAGAAGCAUACCUCCGCGGUGUGAAGGAACCUGUUCGGUGGGACGCUACGAGGAUUUGAAACCGAGGGACAAGACAGCCCUGAGCUGACAUUCUGACAUCUCGUUACAGUCCCCUCUUUGGGGACAGCAGAGUUGCCUGGCAUGGAAGAGAACCCGGGUCCUGCCUUGCAAGGCCGUGAGGAAGGCAUGAACAGAAGGCAGCUCCUGCUUUCCGUGGAUGCACAGUGGCUCUGGAAUUGACCUCCAUGGGCCUUGACUCGGCCUAGAAGGAGGUGUCGGCGCCUCUGUGGAAAGCCCUUAAUGUACAGUGUAGCUCUGAGUGUGGCCUGCUGCCUGCCUGUCAUGAGUGACACCUGUGUUAUGGUUUCCGGUUCGCUUAGGACCGUUUAAUCAGUGUCUAGGUGCAUCCGUGCUAGAGCAAGCAAGCUAGCAUCCUUGUCCUUUAUGCGAUGCCUUGGGAAGCUGAGGGGGCAGUGCUCCCCGAACUUGUUUCUGACACUAAAAUGUAGUAGAUUGGAAACUGUUUUGUGUAAAAUGAAAAAAGGUGCAUUUUCUCUAUGACGUUCUUCGAUGUUCUUUUGCUUGUUAAAUGUCAUCAGGGUAGAGAGUUAGGCCUGUUAGGGGUCAUCUGUUGUCUUGAAGUCGGAGUAGCUCCGAGGUGUUGAGGUCAGCGGGCAUAUACCAAGCCCCACCUCCCAUGUCUGCUUUGUGCAAUUUGCCUUUACCUCACCAAAAACUCCUAGUUUAAUGUGUCCUGCUGUGUCCGCUGAAUGAUUGGGCAACCUUUUGGGGAGAGGCUGGCAUAUUCUUAUGAUGCCGUCAAGAUUUGUAAACUCAGUCUGAAUGCUCUGUGUGAAGUGCUUUAACCUUACUCUUUCCUAGUCAGGAAGACGAGUCUGUAGCCAGGUGGGCCUCGAAGAUGCCAAGUGUGACAGCGAACUCUUUGCUACUGGUAAAGCUGAAACCUCCUCAGUUUGCAGCCACAUUCC